AUGAUACCCACCAGAGACUCCUUGGGCCCCAGCCUUGUCCUCUUGGUGUUGCUGGGGGUAGCAGGGGCUGGACCCUUCCCUCCACGUUCCAAUGGGACAGCCUCAACCCCACGACUCCCUCCCCGCCCAGGGGGGCGAACAGCAGGUCCUGGAGGUGGAGGAUCAUCCCCUAAGCUCUAUGAACAUACAGUAGAAGGAGGUGAAAAACAGGUGGUAUUCACCCACAGAAUCAACUUGCCUUCUUCAGCCAACUGUGGCUGCCCUCCAGGUGCUGAACCUCCUGCCUCUGCCUCUGAGGUGCAGGCCUUGAGGGUGAAGCUUGAAGCCCUAGAAGAGCUGGUGAAGGGGCUUAAGGAACAGUGCCAGGGUGGGUGCUGCCCUGCUGCUGCCCAGGCUGGAACAGGGCAGACAGAUGUGCGGAGCUUAUGUAGCCGCCAUGGCGUCUUUGACCUGGGCCGCUGUGCCUGUUCUUGUGAGCCAGGCUGGGCCGGUCCCACCUGCUCAGAUCCCAUAAGCUCUUCAGCCACCUCCUCUUGUCCUGAUGAUUGCAACGACCAGGGUCGCUGCGUGGAGGGUCGUUGUGUGUGCUUCCCCGGCUACACUGGGCCCUCUUGCGGUUGGCCAGCCUGCCCGGGAGACUGCCGGGGUCGGGGCCGGUGUGUCCAGGGCGUAUGUGUGUGUAGGGCUGGCUUCACGGGUGAAGACUGUGGGACCCGGGCCUGCCCCAAGGACUGUAGCCAAAGGGGCCUCUGUAAGGAUGGGAAGUGUGUGUGUGACCCUGGGUACAGCGGCGAGGACUGCGGGACCAGGAGCUGUCCCCGGGGCUGCAACCAGAGGGGCAGAUGCCAGGAUGGGAAGUGUUGUGUGUGUGACCCUGGGUACAGCGGCGAGGACUGCGGGACCAGGAGCUGCCCCUGGGACUGUGGCGACGGUGGUCGCUGCAUGGGUGGGCGCUGUGUAUGCUGGCCAGGGUACUCUGGGGAGGACUGUAGCGUUCGGACUUGCCCUCGUGACUGCCAUGGCCGGGGUCAUUGUGAGGAUGGGGAAUGCAUUUGUGAAGCCGGGUACAGCGGAGAUGACUGCGGGGUACGGAGCUGCCCGCAGAACUGCAAUCAGCGAGGGCACUGUGAGGACGGGCGCUGUGUGUGCUGGCCAGGCUACACUGGGGAUGACUGCGGGAGCCGAGUCUGCCCUCGAGACUGCUGGGGCCGAGGCCGCUGUGAGAACGGAGCAUGCGUCUGCAAUGCCGGAUACAGCGGUGCAGACUGUGGAGUGCGCACUUGCCCUGGGGACUGCCUAGGUCGGGGCCGCUGUGAGAAUGGCCGUUGUGUGUGCUGGCCCGGUUACACGGGCAAGGACUGUGGGACUCGAGCCUGCCCAGGAGAUUGUCGAGGCAGGGGCAGGUGCCAGGACGGGCGCUGUGUCUGCGAACCUGGCUACGCGGGUGAAGACUGCGGGAGCCGUCGAUGCCCGGCUGACUGCAGAGGCCGAGGGCGGUGUGAGGAUGGAGUGUGCGUGUGUGACAGAGACUAUACUGGAGAAGACUGUAGUCAAAAGAGAUGCCCUGGGGACUGCCGGGGCCGGGGGCAGUGCCAGGAGGGGAUCUGUGCAUGCGAUACUGGCUACACAGGGGAAGACUGUGGGAUAAGAAGUUGUCCCCGUGACUGCAGCCACCAAGGCGUCUGCCAUGACGGGGUGUGUGCUUGUUGGGAGGGCUACACAGGAGAAGACUGUAGCCUGCGCACCUGCCCAGGAAACUGCAACAGACGGGGCCGCUGUGAAAACGGCCGCUGUGUGUGUGCCACCGGCUAUACAGGCCCGGCCUGCGGUACCCGCACCUGUCCCAGGGACUGCCUGGGCAGAGGCCGCUGCAUCCAGGGAGUGUGUGUGUGUCAGGAAGGCUACAGUGGGGAAGACUGUGGCCAGGAGGAGCCACUGACUGGAAGCUGUCCUGGGGGCUGCGGACCCCGGGAGCUCUGCAGAGCUGGUCAGUGCGUCUGUGUGGAGGGCUUUGAAGGGCCGGACUGUGCUACCAGGACUUGUCCUGGAGACUGCCGUGGUCAUGGGAAGUGCCAGGAAGGGAGCUGCAUAUGCAACGAUGGCUAUGCAGGAGAGGACUGUGGGGAGGAGAUAUCUCCAAUAACAGGAAUGAGGAUGCAUUUGUUGGAAGAAACAACAGUUCGGACUGAGUGGACUCCAGCCUCAGGACCUGUGGAUGCCUAUGAAAUCCGAUUCAUCCCUACACUUUAUAUCUAUGUUUUUGCCCAAGUCAUUGGCAAAAAUGCUGAUGCACCAGCCCACCACAAUUACCUGGACACCCGUCCCCCAGCCCCACCCCCUCGACCCCCACCCAGACCCCGACCCCGACCAGGUCCCCGACCAGGUCCCCGACCUGACCUGGACCCCCGGCCACCAAGGCCUGUGGAAGAGGAAGAUCCAAAGGUGCCCUUGGGGCUUCCCCCACCACGGUUCUUGCGGAACCUCACAUCAAAACUAGGCUCUUCCUGGGGCUCCGUACAGGAUGUGGAAAGGUACCUACGAGCCUCUGGCUACUCCCUUCGUGGCAACCAGACCUACACCUCAGUGGCCCGCUCCAUCUAUGCCUACCUGCAGCGCUGGGCAGCUGGGCUUCCUGCACCCCCAUCACCACUGUCCCACAAGCCCCAACCCACUGCCUAUCUGGACCCAGGUGCCAGGAAACCGAACUCUGCCAGAGACACCCAUGGCCACAUCCCUGAAGGUGUGGACCAGGAGAAAGGGGUGCACUUCCCCUUCCCACCCUCGUUACUUCCCAGCCCUUCCCCCCGCCACCCCAAACCUGAAGUGCUGGGCAGCUCAGCCGAUGGGGCCUUGCUGGUCUCCCUGGAUGGGCUCCGGGGCCACUUUGAUCAGGUGGUGCUGCGCUGGCAGCCCCUCUCUCCCAUGGAAGGGCCCAGUGGGGAACUUGCAGUACCAGGGGCAACACGCACCGCCCGCUUGCCUGGCCUGAGGCCUAGCACUACCUACCAUGUGGAGGUCCAUGGGGUCCAGGAUGGGCAGGCCUCCAAGUCCUACGCCUUCAUCACCACUACAGGCCCCUUUGGUGCCACAGAUGAGCCUCCUGUCUUAGAGCUGUCCCCACCAACAACAACCCAGGAUGCUCAGGCACACAUCGUGACGCGCCCAGCUAAUAAAACUGGGACACAUUUUGUCCCACCUCGACUUGGGGAGUUGCAGGCUCUGGAUGUGUCCUCAAACUUUGUCAACCUCUACUGGACUGUUCCUGAGGGCCAGUUUGACUCCUUCGUGAUCCAAUAUAAAGACAAGAAUGGAAAACUCCAGGUGGUGACAGUGGAAGGUCUCCAGCACUCUGUCCUCAUCGCUUCUCUGGAUCCUGGCCACAAGUACAAAUUCAAUCUUUAUGGGCUCACUGACAAGAAGCGCCAUGGCCCCCUCACUGUUGAGGCUAAGACACGGAUUCGACCUCGGCUUGGAGAGUUAUGGGUAACAGACCCCACUUCUAAUUCCCUGCAUCUUUCAUGGACUGUCCCUGAAGGCCAAUUUGAUUCCUUCUUGGUCCAAUAUAAGGACAAGGAUGGGCAGAUCCAGAUAGUUCCUGUGGAGGGACCUGAACGUUCCAUAACUGUCUCUCAACUGGAUCCUAACCGGAAGUAUAAAUUCAUCUUGUAUGGACUUGUUGGCAAGAAACGUCAUGGUCCCCUCACUGCUGAUGGAACUACGGCUCCACAAUGGGAAGAGCCUCUACAGACCACUGAAAGCCCCAAACCCCGCCUGGGAGAGUUGACAGUGACAGAAGUGUCUCAGAAUUCCCUUCGACUCCUCUGGACCAUCCUUGAGGGCAAGUUUGACUCCUUUGUGGUUCAGUACAAAGACAAGGAUGGACAGCCCCAAGUGGUGCCUGUUGAGGUGGGCCAGAAUGAAGUUAUCAUCUCUGACCUGCAGCCUUCCAGGAAAUACAAGAUGAAUCUUUAUGGGCUUCAAGGCAAACAGCGGGUGGGCCCCAUUUCUGUGAUUGCAGUAACAGGCUCAUUACCUGCAGAACCCCAUUUAGGAGAGGUGACAGUAACAGAUGUGACCCCUGACUCCUUGCGCCUUUCCUGGACUGUCACUGAGGGCGAAUUUGACUCCUUUGAGAUUCAGUACAAUGACAGGAAUGGGCAGCCACAGGUGAUAUCCACAGAGGGCAAUCAGGAUGAGGUUACUAUAGCUGACCUGGAGCACUCCCAGAAGUACAAGUUCCUUCUCUUUGGCAUCAAAGAUGGCAAACGCCACGGGCCAAUAUCUGUCGAUGCAAAGACUAGAACCCCAACUCAACGCCCUCUGAAGCCUCGCUUUGGGGAGAAACUGACAGUGGUGUCUGUGGCCAGGGAUGCUGUACACUUAUCAUGGACCGUCCAGCAGGGCUCCUUUGACUCCUUUGUGGUCCAGUACAAAGACAAAGAUGGGCAGCUUCAGGUGGUGCCUGUGGAAGGGGACCAGAAUGAAGUCAUGGUUUCUGGCCUGGAGCCUUCUCGUAAAUACAAGAUGCUCGUCUAUGGAUUCCACUUGGGAAAGCAGCUGGGACCCAUCUCAACUAUUGUUAUGACAGCACCACCAGAGGAAGAAACUCCAGCCCCCACAUCCCCAGACACUGACACCGUUCAGCUACCUGCUAAACCCCGCCUGGAAGAGCUAAUAGUGACAGAUGCCACUUCAAACUCUCUUCACCUUUCUUGGACCGUUCCAGAAGGCCAGUUUGAAUCCUUCAUGAUCCAGUAUAAGAAUGGGGAUGGACAGCCUAAGGUUGUACAUGUUGAGGGUGAUAAAAACAUGGUCAUCAUCUCUGGCCUGGAGCCAGAUCAUAAAUACAAGUUGAAUCUUUAUGGUUUCCAUGAUGGACAACGUGUGGGCCCCAUCUCCAUCAUUGGUGUCACUGCAUUACACGAAGGAGUGAAUGAGAUUCCAGCUCCCACAGUGCCAGCCACUGAGGCUCCUGAGCCCACAGAGAAGCCCCAGCUUGGGGAGCUGAUAGUGACGGGGGCCACCCAGGAUUCCCUGCAGCUGUCCUGGACCAUCUCCCAGGGAGAGUUUGACUCCUUCACAAUCCAGUACAAGGACAAGGAUGGGCGACCCCAGAUCGUGCGUGUUGGUGGAGACCAGAAUGAGGUCACUGUCUCUGGACUGGAGCCUGACCACAGAUACAAGAUGAAUCUCUAUGGUUACCAUGAUGGCCAGCGUGUGGGCCCAGUCUCUGUCACUGGUGUAACAGCCACUAAGGAGAAGCCUCCGCCUCAUGAGUCCCUUGAGUCUCCUUUUAAACCUCACCUGGGAGAACUGACUGUAAUAGAUUCAACUCCAGUGUCCCUGCACCUCUCUUGGAGUGUCCCAGAGGGUCAAUUUGACUCCUUCAUGAUCCAGUACAAAAAUGGGGAUGGACAGCCUAAUGUGAAACAUGUUAGAGGUGACCAGAAUGAGGUCAUCAUCUCUGGCCUGGAGCCUGAUCAUAAAUACAAGAUGAAUCUCUAUGGUUUCCAUAACAAAGAACGCAUAGGCCCUGUCUCUGUUAUUGGAGUAACAGCCCCCAAAAGAAAUGAAGAAACAACCCCAACUCCCACUGAACCCCCUCCUAUUCCCCGUCUGGGAGAAUUGACAGUAAUAGACGCCACCUCAGAUUCCUUGUACCUCUCCUGGACUGUCCCUGAGGGCCAGUUUGAUUCCUUCAUAAUCCAGUUCAAGACCAGAGAUGGACAACCGAGAGCAGUGCAUGUUGAAGGACAGAAGGACAUGGUCAUCAUCUCUGACCUGGAGCCCAAUCACAUGUACAAGAUGAAUCUUUAUGGCUUUCAUAAUAGACAGCGUGUGGGUCCAAUCUCUACCACUGGUGUAACAGCCUCACAAGAUGUGGAUCAAACCUCUGCUCCCACAGUACCAAUCACUGAGGCUUCUGAACCUACAGAGAAGCCCAAACUAGGGGAGCUGAUGGUGACAGGGGCCACUUCAGACUCCCUGCAGCUCUCUUGGACCAUCCCUCAGGGGAAGUUUGAUACCUUUACAAUCCAGUACAAGAACAAGGAUGGGAGACCCCAGACCAUCCGUGUUGGGGGAGACCAGAAUGAAGUCACCAUCUCUGGCCUGGAGCCUGGCCACAGAUACAAGAUGAAUCUCUAUGGUUUCCAUGAUGGCCAGCGUGUGGGCCCAGUCUCUGUCACUGGUGUAACAGUCAUAGAAGAGACCCCAGCUCCCACAGAGCCAGUUACUGUUGCACCUGAACCCACAGAGAAGCCCAAGCUUGGGGAGCUGACAGUGACGGGGGCCACCCAAAAUUCCCUGCAGCUCUCAUGGACCAUCUCCCAGAGAGAGUUUGACUCCUUCACAAUCCAAUACAAAGACAAAGAUGGGAGACCCCAGGCCAUGCGUAUUGGGGGAGACCAGAAUGAGGUCACUGUCUCUGGCCUGGAGCCUGACCAUAAAUACAAGAUAAAUCUCUAUGGUUUCCAUGAUGGCCAGCGUGUGGGCCCAGUCUCUGUCAUUGGCAAAACUGCCCCACAAAAAGUCAUAGAAGGGACCCCUGUGCCCACAGUGCCAGCCACUGAGGCUCCUGAGCCCACAGAGAAGCCCCAGCUUGGGGAGCUGAUAGUGAUGGGGGCCACCCAGGAUUCCCUGCAGCUGUCCUGGACCAUCUCCCAGGGAGAAUUUGACUCCUUCACAAUCCAGUACAAGGACAAGGAUGGGAGACCCCAGGCCAUUCAUGUUGGGGGAGACCAGAAUGAGGUCACUAUCUCUGACCUGGAGCCUGACCACAAAUACAAGAUGAAUCUUUAUGGUUACCACGAUGGCCAGCGUGUGGGCCCAGUCUCUGUCAUUGGCAAAACUGCCCCAAAUCAAGUAGAAGAGACUCCUGUGCCCAUAGUGCCAGCCACUGAGGCUCCUGAGCCCACAGAGAAGCCCCAGCUUGGGGAGCUGACAGUGAUGGGGGCCACCCAGGAUUCCCUGCAGCUGUCCUGGACCAUCUUCCAGGGAGAAUUUGACUCCUUCACAAUCCAGUACAAGGACAAGGAUGGGAGACCCCAGGCCAUGCGUGUUGGGGGAGGCCAGAAUGAAGUCAUCGUCUCUAACUUGGAGCCUGACCAUAGAUACAAGAUAAAUCUUUAUGGUUACCACGAUGGCCAGCGUGUGGGCCCAGUCUCUGUCAUUGGCAAAACUGCCCCACAAGAAGUAGAAGAGACUCCUGUGCCCACAGUGCCAGCCACUGAGGCUCCUGAGCCCACAGAGAAGCCCCAGCUUGGGGAGCUGAUAGUGACAGGGGCCACCCAGGAUUCCCUGCAGCUGUCCUGGACCAUCUCCCAGGGAGAGUUUGACUCCUUCACAAUCCAGUACAAGGACAAGGAUGGGAGACCCCAGGCCAUGCGUAUUGGGGGAGACCAGAAUGAGGUCACUAUCUCUGACCUGGAGCCUGACCACAAAUACAAGAUGAAUCUUUAUGGUUACCAUGAUGGCCAGCGUGUGGGCCCAGUCUCUGUCAUUGGCAAAACUGCCCCACAAGAAGUAGAAGAGACCCCUGUGCCCACAGUGCCAGCCACUGAGGCACCUGAGCCCACAGAGAAGCCCCAGCUUGGGGAACUGAUAGUGACGGGGGCCACCCAGGAUUCCCUGCAGCUCUCAUGGACCAUCUCCCAGGGAGAAUUUGACUCCUUCACAAUCCAGUACAAAGACAGAUAUGGACAACCCCAGAUCAUGCGUGUUGGGGGAGACCAGAAUGAGGUCACUGUCUCUGGCCUGGAGCCUGACCACAAAUACAAGAUGAAUCUUUAUGGUUUCCAUGAUGGCCAGCGUGUGGGCCCAGUCUCUGUCAUUGGCAAAACUGCUCCACAUGAAGUAGCAGAAGAGACCCCUGUGCCCACAGUGCCAGCCACUGAGGCUCCUGAGCCCACAGAGAAGCCCCAGCUUGGGGAGCUGAUAGUGAUGGGGGCCACCCAGGAUUCCUUGCAGCUCUCAUGGACCAUCUCCCAGGGAGAAUUUGACUCCUUCACAAUCCAGUACAAGGACAAGGAUGGGAGACCCCAGGCCAUGCAUGUUAGGGGAGACCAGAAUGAGGUCACUGUCUCUGGCCUGGAGCCUGACCACAAAUACAAGAUGAAUCUUUAUGGUUACCAUGAUGGCCAGCGUGUGGGCCCAGUCUCUGUCAUUGGAACAACAGGUGUCAAACUCCACAGAUUCGCUAGCACUUGCUGCCCCUUUGUGUGCUUUCUUUUUAUGACUCCACAUGAAGUAGCAGAAGAGACCCCAGCUCCCACAGUGCCAGCCACUGAGGCUCCUGAGCCCACAGAGAAGCCCCAGCUUGGGGAGCUGACAGUGAUGGGGGCCACCCAGGAUUCCCUGCAGCUCUCAUGGACCAUCUCCCAGGGACAAUUUGACUCCUUCACAAUCCAGUACAAAGACAGAUAUGGACAACCCCAGAUCAUGCGUGUUGAAGGAGACCAGAAUGAGGUCACUAUCUCUGACCUGGAGCCCGACCAUAGAUACAAGAUGAAUCUUUAUGGUUACCAUGAUGGCCAGCGUGUGGGCCCAGUCUCUGUCAUUGGCAAAACUGCCCCACAAGAAGUAGAAGAGACCCCUGUGCCCACAGUGCCAGCCACUGAGGCACCUGAGCCCACAGAGAAGCCCCAGCUUGGGGAGCUGACAGUGAUGGGGGCCACCCAGGAUUCCCUGCAGCUGUCCUGGACCAUCUCCCAGGGAGAAUUUGACUCCUUCACAAUCCAGUACAAGGACAAGGAUGGGAGACCCCAGGCCAUUCGUGUUGGGGGAGACCAGAAUGAGGUUACUAUCUCUGACCUGGAGCCUGACCACAGAUACAAGAUGAAUCUCUAUGGUUUCCAUGAUGGCCAGCGUGUGGGCCCAGUCUCUGUCAUUGGCAAAACUGCUCCAGAUGAGGUCAUAGAUGAGACCCCAACCCCUACAAUUCCAGCUACAGAGCCUCCAAAAUCCACCAAAGAACUCCUCCUGGGGCAGCUGAUGGUGACAGAGGCCAGCCCAGAUUCUCUUCAGCUCUCCUGGACUGUCACCCAGGGGGAUUUUGACUCCUUUACAAUCCAGUACAAGGACAGGGAUGGCCAACUCCAGAUAGUUCGUGUGGAAGGUGACAAGAAUGAAGUCACAAUUUCUGGCUUGGAACCCAAUCACAAAUAUAAGAUGAAUCUCUAUGGUUUCCAUGACAGACAUCGUGUGGGCCCUGUUUCUACCAUAGGUAUGAUAGUGCUAGAAGAAGAGACUCCAUCCCCCACAGUCUUAAUCACUGAGGCACCCACAGAAGCCUCCGUUAAACCUCAGCUAGGGAUGCUGACAGUGAUGGAGGCCACCUCAGACUCUCUGCGCCUCUCCUGGACUGUCUCUAAAGGCCAGUUUGACUCUUUCAUGAUGCAGUACAAGAAUGGGGAUGGACAAUCUAAAGCAGUUCGCACUGGAGGCAACCAAAAAGAAAUCAUCAUCUCUGGCCUGGAGCCUAAUCACAAAUACAAGAUGAAUCUCUUUGGCUUUGUUGAUGGCCAGCGUGUGGGUCCCAUCUCCACUAUUGCUGUGACAGCUCCUGAAGCCACUGAAGUCCUAGCAGAACCCUACCUAGGGGAGUUGACUGUGACUGACGUAAGCCAGGACUCCUUGCAGCUCAGCUGGAGCGUCCUUCAGGGCCCUUUCGACUCCUUUGUGAUCCAGUACAAAGAUAGAGAGGGGGGGCUCCAGGUGGUGCCAGUAGCAGGUGACCAGAGUGGGGCCACUAUCUCUAGCCUAGAGCCCUCUCGGAAAUACAAGUUCCUGCUCUUUGGACUUCACAAUGGGAAACGCAGUGCCCCUAUCUCUGCAGAAGCCAAGACCCUUCCAGCAGUGAAGCCAUCUCCCCUCUUAGGGGAGAUGAUUGUGACAGACCCGACUCCAGGCUCCUUGCACCUCUCCUGGACAAUCCUUCAAGGUCCCUUUGACUCCUUUGUGGUCCAAUACAAGGACAAGGAUGGGCAGCCCCAGGUGGUACCGUUAGGAAGAGAUCAGAGAGAGAUCACCAUCUCCAACUUAGAACCCAACCGGAAGUACAAGUUUCUGCUCUAUGGACUCUUGGGCAAGAAACGAAUUGGUCCUAUCUCUGCAGAUGGCGUCACAGCCCAAGAAGAAGAGACUACAACUUCUUUCAUACCGGCUACUGAAGCCCCUGAACCCCUACCCCCUUCAGGACCCCGCCUGGGAAUAUUGAAAGUAACGGAUGUCUCUCCAGAUUCCUUGAGUCUCUCCUGGACGGUCCUCCAGGAUCCUUUUAACUCUUUUGUGAUCCAAUAUAAAGAUAAGGAUGGGCAAUCCCAAGCAGAGCUUGUCAGGGGAAACCAGAAAAAUAUCACUAUCUCUGACCUGGAACCCAACAGGAAAUACACAUUCCUCCUCUAUGGCCUCUAUGAUGGGAAGCGUCUGGGCCCUAUCACUACAGAAGGCACUACAGGGCUACCUCCAGCUAAGCAGUCCAUUGGGGGCCGCCUGUCCCAGCUCUCUGUGUCAGAUGUGACCACAAGUUCCUUCCGGCUGAAUUGGGAGGCCCCACCUGGUGCCUUUGACUCAUUUCUGCUUCGCUAUGGAGUCCCAGAGAUGAGGCCUUCAGAGCCGCCGUCCCCUCCUCUGCUGCAGCGAGAGCUGAGCGUGCCAGGGAUCCGACGUUCAGCCAUUCUUCGUGACUUGAGGCCCGGAACCCUCUAUACAGUAACACUUUAUGGCCUUCGUGGCCCCCACAAGGCUGAUAGCCUCCAGGGCACUGCUAGAACACUCAGUCCAGUGCUAGAGAGCCCUCGAGACCUCAAGUUCAGUGAGAUCCAAGAGAAUUCAGCCAAGGUCAGCUGGACUCCACCUCCGAACCGGGUGGAUAGUUUCAAAAUCUCCUAUCAACUAGCAGAUGGAGGGGAACCACAAAGUAUACAAGUGGGCAGCCAUACCUGGCACCAGCGCCUAGUGGGUCUGACCCCAGGGGCCCGAUAUGAAGUGACCGUGGUAUCUGUUCGUGGCUUUGAGGAAAGUGAACCCCUCACCGGCUUCCUCACCACUGUCCCUGAUGGACCUACCCACCUUCGAGCAUUGAAUGUUACUGAUGAUUCAGCCCUGCUGCACUGGAGUCCUCCCCAAGACCCUGCAGACAGAUAUGCCCUUCAGGUCACAGCUCCAGGGGUCCCACCUCUGAGGGCCUCCGUUCCAGGAGGUGCUGUGGACUUUCCCCUGAAUAAUCUUCAACUCCGGACAAACUACACGGCAACCCUUAGAGGCUUCCGGGGUCCUAACAUCACUUCCCCUGCCAGCAUCACCUUCACCACUGGACUGGAUGCCCCGCGUGACUUGAAGGCCAAAGAAGUAACUCCCCGUUCUGCCUUGCUUACCUGGGCUGAACCUGCAUCCCUGCCUAGUAGCUACUUGCUCAGCUAUGACACUGCUGGGGGGCAGACUCAGGAGAUUCUGCUACCAGGCAGGGCCAGAUCUCAUCGGCUCUCUGGCCUCUUCCCUUCCACUCUGUAUAGUGCCCGGAUCCAAGCUAUCUGGGGGGAAAGUCUCACACCGCCUGUGCCAACCACCUUUACCACCGGUGGGCUGAGGAUCCCAUUCCCCCGGGACUGUGGAGAAGAGAGGCAAAAUGGGCUAGGUCGCUCCCAAACGACCACCAUUUUCCUCAAUGGAAACCGUGAGCGGCCAUUAGAAGUUUACUGUGACAUGGAGACGGAUGGGGGUGGCUGGUUGGUGUUCCAACGCAGGAUGGAUGGACAGACAGACUUCUGGAGGGACUGGGCAGAAUAUGCACACGGAUUUGGGAACAUCUCAGGGGAGUUUUGGCUUGGGAAUGAGGUCCUCCACAGCCUGACCCAAGCCGGAGAUUAUUCCAUGCGAGUGGAUCUCCGGGCUGGGGAUGAGUCUGCUUUUGCCGAAUAUGACUUCUUCACUGUGGACUCUGCUGCCCAGUACUACCGUCUCCACCUGGAGGGCUACCAUGGUACUGCAGGAGACUCCAUGAGCUAUCACAGCGGCAGCACCUUCUCCACCCGGGACAGGGAUCCCAACAAUCUACAUAUCCCUUGUGCCGUCUCCUAUCGCGGUGGCUGGUGGUACCGCAACUGUCACUAUGCCAACCUCAACGGACUCUACGGGAGCAUCAUCGACCAUCAGGGUGUAAGCUGGUAUGCCUGGAAGGGCUUCGAGUUCUCCAUUCCCUUCACUGAGAUGAAGCUGAGACCACGAAGUUAUAGACCAGCUUCCCAGAGGGCUUAG